AAAAACUCUUUUUUCAAAUUUUGUUUUUGUAUUAAUAAACAGAUCUUUUAGGCUUUAACGUGCACUGACUGAUAAAUUAGCGGUAUCCAGAUGGCCUGUAGCUCCUUAAGACUUAGCUUUAAACUAAAUUUAAGCUCUUUUUUGGCUAACAAGCACAAGAGCAGUGUAAAUAAAACGUGUUUCAUUCAUUCGAACGUAUUAAAAACGGAUUAUCGCAAAAUUAUUGAUCCCAAGUAUAACAAGGGUACCGCCUUCACCCACAAAGAACGUCAGAUACUAAAUAUCAUUGGUCUGUAUCCGAGCUGUCAGCGUACCGAAGAGGAACAGCUUUAUGCAGUCUAUACGAAUUUCAAGGCCAAAAAGACCAGCAUCGAUCGCUAUAUUUAUCUCAGAUCGCUGCGAGCUCGACAGGAGCGUCUUUACUAUCGCUUCGUUAUCGAGCGCAUCGAAGAUGUGAUGCCCAUCGUGUACACGCCGACGGUAGGUACAGUCUGCCAGCAAUUUAGCCAGCUCUACUACACCUCUAUGGGGCUAUACGUGAGCAAGUAUGACAAGGGGUAUAUGACGCAUGUGCUCAAUAACUGGCCGGAGGUCGAUAUACGGGCUGUGUGCGUCACUGAUGGCGAGCGUAUUCUUGGACUGGGCGAUCUUGGUGCCAACGGAAUGGGCAUAUCGGUGGGCAAGCUGGAUUUGUACACAGCAUUAGGAAAAAUACCGCCUCAGUACCUGUUGCCAGUUGUCCUCGACGUUGGCACCAAUAAUCAGCAGCUGCUCUGCGAUCCCAUGUACAUCGGCGUGCGCGAGGAACGAUGUCGGGGUCAAGAGUACGAUGACCUAGUACACGAGUUCGUGGAAUCAGUAGUUAAAACUUUUGGCGUACAAACGUUAAUUCACUUCGAAGACUUUGCCACACCCAAUGCCUUCAGGUUUAUCAAAAAGUACAAAAACGAUUAUUGCUGCAUCAACGAUGACAUACAGGGCACAGCAUCCUGUGGCCUAGGUGGUUUCCUCGCCGUCGAGCACAUUACGCGGAAGCCACUCAAUGAGCACAUCAUCAUGUUCGUCGGCGCUGGCAGCGCAGCGCUGGGCAUUGGCAAGCUGCUGGUCAAAGAGCUAAUAAGCCGCAAGAUGAACGUAGAGGAUGCGGUCAGGAAUGUUUAUUUUAUCGACGUUGACGGCAUUAUAACGAAAUCCCGACAGAAAUUUGUUAUACCUGACCUGAAGCAAUUCGCCAAGGACAUGCCGCCCGAAAAGAGCCUUGAGAAGCUGGUGGACACUCUGAAACCCUCGAUUCUGGUUGGCGCCACCGGUCAGGGUGGGAUCUUUACGGAAAACAUUAUACGUAGCAUGGCCAAGAAUCACAAACAUCCGGCUAUCUUGGCAUGCUCCAACCCCACCCACAAAGCCGAGUGCACCGCAGAGCAGGCCUACAACUUCACGGAGGGCCGAGCUCUGUUUGCCUCUGGAUCACCUUUUCCACCAGUUGUUGUUGGCGGCAAGCGGAUCACGCCAACACAGGCGAACAACGCAUUCGCCUUUCCGGGCGUUGCAUUGGGUACGUUAUGCACCAAGCCACACACUAUAACGGACGACGUAUUCCUUGUUACGGCGCAUGCAAUUGCCGAAUAUGCGAGAGAAUUUCAACCCAAUGACAAUGUACUCUACCCGCCCGUUAAGGAAGCUGCCAAUGUAGCUUUCAGAGUGGGCGUGGCAGUGGCGAAACACGUAAUCCAAAGUGGUGCGGCCACAAUUUAUCCGAUUCCCAAAGACAUCGUGAAACACAUAAAAGACUAUCAAUACUUUACAGACGUCGGAACGGCACUGCCAUCGGUUUGGCCGUACCCAGAGAUGACUCGAUUUCCUAUGCCAAAAACAAACGAAUGACAAAUGCAAGGACUCAGCAGGCUUAUGUAUUAUUUAUUAUUUAUUUCUGUUUGUGCAACGGGAAAAAAAUAAGACAACGUUAGGCAUAAACGGCAAUUAAAUAAAGCUUUUCAAUUGGUAAAUUACUCAACUA